GAACAAGUUAAACUUGAUGCCACCAAGCAGGUAACCAGUCCUGAUGACUGUGAGGAUCUCAGUCCUAUGCCACAAACAGCUGCUCCACCUGUGCGACGACGUGGAGGUAUAUCCGCUGAACCAGUCACUGAAGAAGAUGCUACUAGUUACGUUAAAAAAGUUGUACCCAAAGACUAUAAGACAAUGGCUGCUCUUUCGAAAGCAAUUGCUAAAAAUGUGUUAUUUUCACAUUUAGAUGAAAACGAACGUUCAGAUAUUUUCGAUGCAAUGUUCCCUGUGACACAUUUAAUGGGCGAAAAUAUUAUACAACAAGGUGACGAGGGUGACAACUUCUAUGUACUUGAUCAAGGGGAAGUUGAGGUAUUCGUAAACUCAGAAAUGGUAACCACAAUUGGAGACGGUGGUAGUUUUGGUGAAUUGGCACUAAUUUAUGGUACACCUCGUGCUGCUACUGUACGAGCAAAAACUGAUGUAAAACUUUGGGGUAUUGAUCGGGAUUCAUAUAGACGAAUUUUGAUGGGUUCAACUAUACGUAAAAGAAAAAUGUACGAAGAAUUCUUGUCACGAGUUUCAAUUUUAGAGAGUCUUGAUAAGUGGGAACGUUUGACUGUCGCUGAUGCACUUGAGACUGUAUCGUUUGAGGAUGGAGAAACAAUUGUUAAGCAAGGUGAACCAGGUGAUGAUUUCUACAUUAUAGUAGAGGGUUGUGCUGUUGUGUUGCAACGACGUGCUGAGCAAGGCGACGAACCUGCAGAAGUUGGUCGUUUAGGUCCAAGUGAUUAUUUUGGUGAAAUCGCUUUGCUUUUAGAUCGUCCUAGAGCAGCAACAGUAGUGGCAAGAGGUCCACUAAAAUGUGUAAAAUUGGAUAGAGCGAGAUUUGAACGUGUUUUGGGCCCAUGUGCGGAUAUUCUUAAACGUAACAUCACUCAAUACAAUAGUUUUGUUUCAUUGUCUGUUUAAGGCAACAUUGUAUUGUAAAAUUUAAUAUUACACAACAUUAUAAGACCCUAAAACACAAAUACAAUCAAAAUAACAUCUCUACUUAGCGCAGCGGAUUUAAUAUUUAGGUAUUUUAUACAUAUUUUAAUCUUUUUAAAUUAUUUUCAUUACUAAUACGAAGAACAAAGCCUAAACACUGCUAACGGUAUAAAAAAUAUAACUAAAUAGAAAAAACCAAAAUUAACAAUU